CACCUCCCCCCUCCCUAUUUGACAGCUUGUGAGGAGUCUAGUGCGCUGCAGAGGCGGCGCACUGCCGAAGGAGACACCGGACUGAACGGAGGAAGAGUCCCGAAAGGUUUGACAACUGUGAUCCGGGUAGUGAACCGGGCAGGACCUCAUGAAUGGAAAUCGGAACUCCAGCCGCCGUUGGGGCUCAGUCCCUGUUCUCCAUGCCACGGCGGCCCGGCUAUGGCACCAUGGGGAAGCCCAUCAAGCUGCUGGCCAACUGCUUCCAGGUGGAGAUCCCCAAGAUGGACGUCUACCUCUAUGAGGUGGACAUCAAGCCUGACAAGUGUCCGCGACGAGUCAACAGGGAGGUGGUUGACUCGAUGGUGCAGCACUUUAAGGUGACCAUCUUUGGGGAUCGCAGGCCAGUCUACGAUGGAAAGAGGAGCCUGUACACGGCCAACCCGCUGCCUGUGGCACCUGCAGGGGUGGACCUUGAUGUCACUCUACCGGGGGAGGGAGGGAAAGAUCGGCCCUUCAAAGUUUCCAUCAAGUUUGUGUCUCUGGUCAGCUGGCACAUGCUCCACGAGGUGCUGACCGGCCGCAGCAUGCCUGAGCCUCUGGAGCUGGACAAACCCAUCAGCACCAACCCCGUGCACGCAGUGGACGUGGUGCUGCGACACCUACCCUCCAUGAAGUACACUCCAGUCGGUCGGUCCUUCUUCUCGGCUCCUGAGGGCUACGACCAUCCCCUGGGAGGUGGGAGGGAGGUUUGGUUCGGCUUUCAUCAAUCUGUGCGCCCUGCCAUGUGGAAGAUGAUGCUAAAUAUUGACGUGUCUGCCACCGCCUUCUACAAGGCCCAGCCAGUCAUUCAGUUCAUGUGUGAAGUGCUGGACAUCCACAACAUAGACGAGCAGCCUCGGCCUCUCACAGACUCACACCGGGUCAAAUUCACCAAAGAAAUCAAAGGUUUGAAGGUGGAGGUGACGCACUGUGGAACCAUGCGGAGGAAGUACCGUGUCUGCAACGUGACCCGCCGGCCUGCUAGCCAUCAAACGUUCCCCCUACAGUUGGAAAAUGGUCAGACUGUAGAGCGUACUGUAGCCCACUACUUCAGGGAGAAGUACAACCUGCAGCUUAAGUACCCUCACUUGCCCUGUCUGCAGGUGGGCCAGGAGCAAAAGCACACCUAUCUGCCUCUGGAGGUUUGUAACAUUGUAGCUGGUCAAAGGUGCAUCAAGAAGCUGACAGAUAAUCAGACCUCCACUAUGAUCAAAGCCACAGCUCGCUCCGCACCCGACAGGCAGGAGGAGAUCAGCAGGCUGGUGCGCAGUGCCAACUACGAGGCAGACCCAUUCGUGCAGGAGUUCCAGUUCAAAGUGCGUGACGAGAUGGCCCACGUGACGGGGCGAGUGCUACCCGCCCCCAUGCUGCAGUACGGCGGCAGGAACCGCACCGUGGCCACGCCCAGCCACGGGGUGUGGGACAUGAGGGGGAAGCAGUUCCACACCGGGGUGGAGAUCAAGAUGUGGGCCAUCGCCUGCUUCGCCACACAGCGGCAGUGUCGGGAAGAAAUCCUUAAGGGUUUCACAGACCAGCUGCGCAAGAUCUCAAAGGAUGCUGGGAUGCCCAUCCAGGGCCAACCAUGUUUCUGUAAAUACGCCCAGGGAGCGGACAGCGUGGAGCCCAUGUUCAGACACCUGAAGAACACCUACGCCGGGCUGCAGCUCAUCAUCGUCAUCCUGCCGGGAAAGACUCCCGUCUACGCCGAGGUGAAGCGUGUGGGCGACACCCUCCUGGGCAUGGCCACGCAGUGUGUGCAGGUGAAGAACGUGGUGAAGACGUCCCCGCAGACCCUCUCCAACCUCUGCCUCAAGAUCAACGUGAAGCUGGGAGGCAUCAACAACAUCCUGGUGCCUCAUCAACGACCAUCAGUGUUUCAGCAGCCAGUUAUCUUCUUGGGCGCAGACGUCACACAUCCGCCCGCUGGCGACGGGAAGAAGCCUUCGAUUGCAGCAGUGGUUGGCAGUAUGGACGCCCACCCCAGCAGGUACUGUGCCACUGUGCGGGUCCAGAGGCCGAGGCAGGAGGUGAUCCAGGACCUGGCCUCCAUGGUGCGGGAGCUCCUCAUCCAGUUCUACAAGUCAACCCGCUACAAGCCCACCCGGAUCAUUUUCUACAGGGACGGAGUUUCAGAGGGCCAGUUCAGACAGGUGCUGUAUUAUGAGCUGCUGGCCAUCCGUGAGGCCUGUAUAAGCCUAGAGAAGGAGUACCAGCCCGGCAUCACCUAUAUUGUUGUGCAAAAACGCCACCACACACGCCUCUUCUGUGCCGACCGCAACGAGAGAGUUGGACGCAGUGGAAACAUUCCUGCUGGUACUACUGUGGAUACGGACAUCACGCAUCCCUACGAGUUUGACUUUUACCUCUGCAGUCACGCUGGAAUACAGGGCACCAGUCGGCCCUCCCACUACCACGUUCUGUGGGACGACAAUUGUUUUACCGCUGACGAGUUCCAGCUGCUCACCUACCAGUUGUGCCACACUUACGUGCGCUGUACCCGCUCAGUCUCCAUCCCUGCGCCUGCCUACUACGCCCACCUGGUGGCCUUCCGCGCCCGCUACCAUCUGGUAGACAAAGAACACGACAGCGCUGAGGGCAGCCAUGUUUCUGGUCAGAGUAACGGUCGGGACCCCCAGGCGCUGGCCAAAGCUGUUCAGAUUCACCAUGACACCCUGAGGACCAUGUACUUCGCCUGAGCUACACCAACCCCUCUCCAAACCAUUGCCACAUUUUACACACACAAGAAAACAAAAUACACACUGACACAACUGUGCACGCCUGGCUUGCCAGUCAAAGAGUCCUCAUAGGUGCAAGUCCCCCAACCCAACACACACACACACACACACACACACACACACACACACACGCCUAGUCAAUCCGGACCUGACACUGUGCAGAGGAGAGCAGGGAGGAACGAGGGGAGGACGCACCCCCACACUGGACUGAGGAUGCAAAAGCUGCUUUAAAUACAAACAAGACAGAAACUCAGCACUAUUAUGCAAUAUUUAACCAGCCAACCAGUUUGUUUUCUCCCUCAUCAGGCCCCCUUUGUUUUACCCCUUCCCUCUGUUUCUCCCCCGUUUGUCUCCUUUACUUAUGGCCUGAUGGUUGUUCUGUUUUUAUUUUAUUUUCCCUUUUCUUUUAGCUCAAUCUCCUUUGCCAUCUACAGUACCUCAAGUCAGUCAGAGCAGCAGCACUUUUACAUUCUGCCAGUUAAACUGUCGUUUGUCGAAUCUCCCCGGUGUUAGAAACGAGAAGAGAGCGUAAAGGAAGGGUCUUCGUCUGAAGAUGUUUCAUGUUAGAUUUAUGUUGUGUUUUUUAUUCUAUCGGACUCGAGUCGUCCAAGCUACCACUUUUAUUGUCCCCUUUUCAUCUCUUUUUUUCUCUGUUCUGUCACAUUAUAGUGUGUGAAAGCAAGAGUUUACUUUGAGCACACUGCCACCUGUUGGCGACGAGGUAUACAUGCGCCCUUAAAAUCACAACAAAGAGUUACACAAUCAGUUGUGAUUGAACUAAAACAGUCGGCUGUCUCAUUGAAACAGAGUCACCCCAUAGUGGCUGAUGUAUCAAUUACUCUACAGUAUGUAUUUCAUUUAAAGUAUAACACUGUUAUUUAAUUCAGUUUUUUUUUCUUCUACAUUAUGUGAAACAUUUUAUGAUUUUUUUGAUUAAUCAUUUAAACCAUGCAAGCUUAUUUUUUAUUCUCAUUUAUUAUUAGUCUGCAUGCUUUUAUCCCCCCUCUGUGCUUUUUAUCACAUUUCCCUCUGUUGUGUUUGAGAUGGUGGGUAAAUCGAGAUCACGUCGACGGUUUCCUCUAGUGCAAUAAUCAGACGAAACGAAGGGAGGAGGAUUGUAGGGGACUUUGAAAGAACAGUUUGGCCCAAGAGUUUGGGCGCUUUCAUGAAUUGCUCCUCUGUGAGACGAUUGAUCAGCGCGUUGUACGAUAUUGUCCUUGCCGUUGGGCAAAAAAAACAAAAAAAAAACAACAACCCUGCAGUUCUCAUGUUUUUACUUGAAUUGAAAGGAUGUUAUGGACCUCUGUGGUUGGAGGAGACUUUUACUAUCACCAGGUGUUAUUUCCGAGGUUUGAGGCUGAUUUUCUUCAUUCUUGAGAAUAAUGAAGCUUCUCAUGUAACUGCAGCAAAGUGGAGAGAAAAAACAAAAAGGCCAUAAAGAGAUAGUAUUCAAGUGCCUGGUGGAGUUCAAGUGUUCAGUGGUUAAAAGUAAAUAACUAUUGGAGCCUAUGUCAGCGGGGUUAAAUAACCAAGAAGCAUAUUCCAAUAAAUGGACAGCAUAAGAGGUUUUGAAAGUUCACCCGAUGCCUCUUGUUCCUCUCAACAACUGUCUACUGACUUUUCUAAACAUCUCAUUCAAUCGUCCUACAAUCACUGUGUGUGUUGUGUUCGCCUAUACAGCAGUGUUAGCUGUGUUAGUGGCUUUGCCGAGUUGUCUUUUUGCCUAAUCUUAGCCAGACAUGGAUCCAGCUGCUACAGUGCGCUCGUACCUAAAAAAUGACGGGGGGGGGGGGGGGUUUCCAUGGGUAAUGGAGUCAGCCUUGUCAACAUUAUGAGUCUUUCAAUAAUCAGUUUCAUUUGUCGUGGACAAGGUUUACUCCCUGCCCGUGAAACCGUCUGAGAGUUGACUCCAGAUUCGAGCGGAGGAAUUCAGCAAGUGGCCGAUAUGUGACGAUAUGAAAACGUGUAUCUGGAUUGUGUUCGGCCACUUGGCUCCUCUGUGCUGCUGAAGCUUGUUUCGGAGGGGGAGGGUUUUUUUAGUAAGUAAUCUGCACUAAAAGAAGCUGUGUUUAGGGCGUGAACACAGGCGUGGUGCUACUCUGUCUGAAGCUGAACCUUUAUGUGAAACUCGAGAUGAGCAGGUGGGAAAAGGUAGAAGAUGACAAAAAGCCUCACUUACAUAAAGGCAGGAGAAGGUGCUGUGGUCAGUGCAGGGGGGGGGGGGAGCUCUAGAUUGAGGGAUUUCACUCUGUAGUUCUGAUCAGAAAUAAUGUAGAAAUGGUACACAUGUGGACGUGCCCCCCCUCGGAGGACUUAGGGUCCUGCACUUGGACUGCCUUUCAUUGGCCAGUGGGUUUGAGCCUUCAUGAUUUCACUCGUGUCUGAAAGCCUUUAUAAAUAAAAAAAAAGCCAGAUGAAAGUAUAUUUGUACAUUUUAAAUUAUCUAAUGCACACCACUUAUUUUUGCUAACAGAAUUGAAAAAAAAAUGUAGUCUAAAAAAAUAUUAAUCUUAGUAAAAACAUGUAUCCUGAUAAGUAAAAAAAAAAAAGUGUAAUAACAAAGUUUUAUUAUCGCAAUAGACUGUUGACUUGUUCCUGUGUCACUGUGGUGUUACGUGUGAACAGUGGUGGGGUUGUCGUGUUUGGACUGUCAAACUGUUACCGAUCGGGAUGUUUGGAUAAAAAAAAACUGCGA